CUGGAAAGUGGAAACACACACGGCGUAGAAAAAUUGGAAAAUUUCUCAAAUGCCGAAAACUAAAAAAAUAUAUAAUUAAAUAUGUACAUUGUACAUAUUUUAGGUAUUAAUAAUGAUUUUUCGACUGAUAGAAAGAGUGCAUUGAAAGCCCUGGGAAACAUGCUGAAAGUAGUGUGAUGACAAAGAAUGUGCUUUUUAUUUGAAUUUAGGCGGAAUAUCGGUCGAAAAUCUAAGAAAGCUAAAAGUGCAAUCAAAUUUCGUAAAAAAAGUUCUUUGUCUCACACGAAUGUUGAUAGCAGUACAAAGCCGGUAAAUCACCAUAGCAAUAUUGGAGAUAAGAAUCAAGACGUUUACGAAAAAGCUAUAGGAAGGACAGAAGAAGAGCUUGGGUCUCAGACUAUGUCAAAGUCACGAUUAAUAACUAGAUCGGUGACCAGGGUUCGGCCAGCAGAGAUGACGCUAAAUUUGGAAUGUGUGGAGGAGCCACUGAGCGAUGCUCAGUUGACUUUCAGGUCAAAAUAUAAAGAAAACUUUGAGAAGGUCUCUAAGACCUUGGAGGAUUUGGUAAAAGAACGAGGUGGGAAGCUAAUACAGCAAACUGACGUUGUUUGUGGCUACGAGUAUACGUUGCCUAGCAGUGCUCCUCCUCAACCAGUAGUUCAAAGUAAUGCUCCGCCUCAAGUCCUCAGCGUUAAUCAAUCUAUACAAAACAAGGCGCAGCCAAUAAAGCUCAACGUGUUAAAAAAUCCCAAUCCUGGACAGGGAAAUAUACAACUGGUGAUGGAUCCGCGUAUGGGAGUCAUUUUAGGGACUGUCUCCACACAAGGAUCUACGCCGGGAACAACCACUCCUAUUGCAACCGCUACCUCGCAGCCGCAAACUGAAACGUACAAACCUCCUAACCCAAGAGUUGCUGCCCGCCAAAGGACGAAGGUGAUGCCGGCAAAAACACCUGACAUAAUAGAAGAGCCACUACCACCUCAACAGAGAGCUCGAGUGAGACCAGCUGUCUCGACUCAUGUUGUUACACCCAAAGCGACAACGACUCCUCAUGGUGUCCAAAAUCUCAGAAUAAAGACCGUCAACAAACAGCCAACACAGCUCGCCCAGCAUCCGACGAGACCAACAGAAGAUACGAGCAUUGGCGGAAUCGCAGUUGGUAGCAAACAUGCAGUUGGCGAGCACAUUGAUGAGUCCAAGAAGCAUUUGCCCGAUGGUAGAGAAAUAACUUUCAACAAGAUAAAUGGAGGACGAACUUUCCCAUCGCUGGUUGUCGUCGCAAGACCCAAUCUUUGCACGAAAAAUGUCACGCCGCAGUUUGCACAAAAGGAAAGACAAGACUUAGAUCUCCAAGUGAAAAGUGUAUUGAUGUACUCGGCAACAAAGUUUGCAGAGUGGCUAAUUCAACAAGGUCUCGUCAGAUCGGAACAGUAUUGUAUGCAGCAUAGUACAAAUUAUCAGAAGGUGAAACUGGAACUCGGUAUGUACAGCGACACCGGUACUUUCCCGUAUUCCGGCGGUUACGUCUGGAUCUCCUCAUGCUGUCCGGAUCGAUUUGUUUCCGUGUUCUCUGGUUCAAUUUUCCAAGGCGCGCCACACACUCCCACCGUUCUUCUAAAAUUAAUUUACCACUGGGCAUGUCAAACGAACAUUCAGAACGUCGUCUCCUGGGUGAAAGUCUCCAACGUCUACGUGAAGAAUUUCUACACGAAUCUCCGAAGCAUCUGCACGGCUGCUGUCUGGGACAAGAGUAGAAUGAUGGGUGGAAAAAAUUCCAUGAUUCAAGUGGGCGUCAUCAGUCUGGGAACUACUUCCCAGGAUGGAAACUUGCGCCAGGUGAAGGUUGAGGUUCUGGGUGUUUUGGAUCCGGACUCGUCGGAAUUGAGGCUGCGAGCCUGCGAGCCAGUCAUUGAGGGCGAGAGAUCAUACAAGCGACGCUUCAACAAUAUACUGAGUCCUUUGAAGGACUGGGUUCACAAGGAUUCCAAAAUUUUGACCGAUUUUACGGUUGAUAAGAGCACCCUGCAAGAAAUGGGUUUCACUAAUGUAACCCAGUCGGCGUUCAGUGAACAAACGCCCCGAAAUGUCACAAGUAAUUAUCAUAUUAUGGAGUAUUUGAGGAAAAUAGUGCCGAGAAUGUUUCAAAAUACGCUGAGUUUGCUCAGUAGGCAGAUGAUUCAACAGUUCCUGGACGAAUUGGUGUGGAGGGAAAUGUUUGGCUCGACUGCUGCAAAGGCAUUCAACAACAUUAUCAUUCAUAUUGCUGAACAGACGAAAUUGGACACGUCUGAGAAUCUUCUGGAGCGGAUCACAAAAAUUUCAGCAAAUCCCUUCCACGAUUGGUCGUACACGACCUCGAAUCCUCCGCCUCUUGCUCCAAUGGUAUCAAUUCCGAAAGAACCUAGUGUUCACGAGGUUCACUCACGACAAGAUGUUUCCAAAAAUUUAUCGCAGGUCAACAAACGAAACAGGAAGAGAGUCUGGCAAACGAGAAGUCCUGAGCCGGAAAUCAAACGACGUACACCAGAUUUCUCGGCGUUUGAUAAAGAGAAUAAAAUCGGUGAAAAAGUGCAGCUACAGGAAUUUUAUUAUGCGACAAUGGAGGGCAAGGGUCACUCGCCAAAGGAGCACAAGAAUGCGUUUUUGUUCAAGUGUUUUCUCUGUCCUGCGACAAUGAGGUCCAACAGCGAAGUGAUGGAGCACAUGAUCAGCCACGUUCCAAGACAAGUCCCUGGUCAAUCGGAAUCGCCAGUUUGUCGAUAUUGUUGCAGUGCUUUCUCGUCCCAACAUCAGAUGGUCACUCAUGUCACGGAAGCGCACAGCACUUUUGGUCACUCUGACAGCGAUAUGGUUGUUUGUGCCAUUUGCGAGCAUAAAUUCGGAAAUAGUAGUUUGCUGGUUAAUCAUUUGUCGAUGAAUCAUUAUCCCUCGGAGAUGCCGUACCGAUGCGAAACCUGCGCUUAUCGAACUUCCAGUCACAAGGACGUUAUCGAUCAUUAUUACAAGGUGCAUGAAAACGGCGAGGGAUUGCAGUGCCCUUAUUGCUUGAAGGUUGUCCAGUUUGUCACGGACGGAGUUGUUAACGCGCCCAGCAUCCAUGCGUUCCUCUUGCAUAUGCAGAGACACGUUGUGAGAAGAGAUGAAGGAAGAGGCAAUAAGUGCACGAGAUGUUGUCUCUGGUUCAAUCAGAGGAGCUCAUUGAAAAAUCACCAGCAAGAUCUUCACGAUUACGUCUCGGGUUCAAAGGUAGUCCCUUACAAGGCCAGUGCAAAUGGAAUUAUGAUCACUCGUCAACGACCUCAGGUGAAGAAAUUCGAAAGGAUUGGUCCCAGUGCCGAGGCGACUAAGGAAAUUAAAAAGUGGAACACUGGUCCAAUUCGAGUCAACCUUCCUGGUAACAAUUUCCAGUGUCAAGAAUGUGAAGAAGACAUUGACGAGAUCGAUCAUUAUCCUGGAGAACAAAGGUGCCAGCAAUGCCGAUACGUGACUUGCUGUUGGCGAGCUUUUAAGGAACAUCAACAACAAAUUCACAACGAGCGUCCGAAAACAACUCUCGUUGUUCCAUCUCCACUCAUCACCAUACCGCUUGAAAAGAAAAUGCAGUGCCCUUGUAGUUUCGCAACGAACGACGGCAAUUUGCUUGCUGCUCACUUGGUAAAAUGCAAAAGAGUCUCAGCAUGCCCGGUCGAGAACACGGGACCUUCAGGCAUGUUAGACAGUUUGGGCCUCGUUCCAAAAAGUUUUUCAGAGGGCGAUGUAAGCAAAAGAAACGGCCAACGUCCAAAUUUGUCCGAAGUUGCCAAUCCGAGCAAAUUGACCGGCAAUGUGUUAAAGAGGAAGGACAGUUCUGAUCUGAAAGAGCGUGAAAAGAAGGCUGGAAAGGAUGUGGAGAAAGUGGUACAAAGCGUAGAUCUUACCGAGGAAGAAUGAGUUUUUACAUAACUGACACUUUUGAAGUGACAUCGAUUUGACAAGACUUUGGAGAGUAUCUUCCAACUUCACCAAGUUCGCAGGUUUUUUUUAUAUUGUAUCUUAUACUACUCGUAACGAAUUAUCUGAUUUUUCUUUACCAUAAUGUGUACAUAAUUUUUGGCACUUCAUAAAGUUACACUAGAAA